AUUAACAUGUGCCAGAUAUUUUUAAUAAUGUUAGUGAAAAUGUGUACUUUUGAAUUCAAAUGAAUUUCGGAGUCGAUAUGUGCAGUCAAAGAUAAAACUCGAAUAAUCCUGAAGCCUUUUGUGGGAGUAGUAGAUAUACUACAAUGGCAGAAGAUAAGAAAAAGGAUGGUAGUGCCCUUUUAGCAAAAAAGAAGAAAGUAAAGCCAAGGAAAUCGCGGGACGCUGACUGUUGCAGUGUGAAUUUCUUGAAAUGCGUUUUGCAUAUUUUCAACGUCGUAUUUUUGUUUGCAGGUAUAGGCGUCCUGGUGGUAGGGGCGUGGACUGUAGCCACCAGACAUAGAUAUGUGGCGCUACUACCAACACCGACAUACCCAGCCAUUGCCUACAUGUUGGUGUUCGCAGGCGCACUCGGCGUGCCCAUGAGUGGGCUUGGAUGCUGCGGACUUAAGACUGAAAAUAGAACCAGUUUACUAUGCUAUACAUACUUCCUGUUGAUAACAUUCAUACUCGAGGCUGGCGCGGGCGGGCUGGCAUACUACUACGAGGUGGCAGUGGAAGACGAACUGCGGGCGGAAUUAAAUCAUACAUUCUUGUAUAAUUACGCCCUCGACAACACCAUUUCUAAUGCUGUUGACCGCAUGCAAACAGAGUUUAAAUGCUGCGGCGCCGUACGAUAUCAAGACUGGAGGAGGAGCGCGUGGCACGAACACGAUCCUCGGCUCCUCGUACCAGAUUCAUGUUGUAUAACUGUCUCCAACCGCUGCGGUGUCAGGGACCACCCUUCCAACAUCUACCACAAUGGCUGCAUACGACAGUUUACGAAUCACAUUCGAGACCACCUAAUAAUCCUCGCGGCGGUCGGCGUCGGGAUGUCGGUCAUACCAAUCUUCGGGUUCCUCUUUUCUUUCAUUCUCUACGUUAAGAUCAAACACGUCUUGGACUGACCUCGGCCUAAGCCGGCGGCCAGCAAGAACCGGAAAGUAUUCGACAAGUCAGCCUCGGCCGGCGACUUGACGAAGUACCAGGGUCGGGUCGGCUCUCAGAGAAUACCGCCGAAGUUGGGAAGUACUAGAACAAAACGAAGUGUAAAACGACCGCCAUGUCCGCUCCACCCCGCGGCCGAUAAAGGUGGCAAUGUGCCUAUAUCCACUAUCAGCGAUAAUGUUAGCAUUUAGAUAUAUUAAUUUUGCAGUCAAACCAAAUACUUAGUCCUCAAGUAAGAUCCUUUUUAAUAUAACUAUAAUGGUAUCUGGUUAACCUUUACCGAACACAGGGCAAUCUAAAUAUAACCGUUCCCAUGUUCAAUCAGACCAAAGCCUCCUUGUUCUUCCUUUCAUUCUCCUUGCUCUUCCAAACCUUGUUGUUAAAAUUAUUCAAAGUUUUUAGAGUUCCGUAUCAAAAUUAUAAAUCCUUUGUUGUCAGUCUGAGCGUUAAUACGUUUUAAACGUAAAAUCCGUAAAGAUGUAGCAAACAAACUUCGAAUCUUAAGUAUAUCUACGGAAUUCUAUUAAUACAUGCCCUACACUCUAUUUAUAUUCACGCGAGGCCCACUUUUAUGCGUUACACUAUUCUAAAUUCAAUAUUAAUCACUUUUUUCGAAGCUAUUUUUCCUAUAUAGUACGGUAAAAAUUUACAUUUCAUUUCAUGUGUUCAUUUGAUGUUACAUAAUGAUAUAGAAUUUAAACAAUGUUCAUGUCUAGCCAGUAGCUAUUUAAGUAGUAAAAGUGACCGAAUUUAUAUCAAAAUGUGUCUAAGUCAUACGUUUGAGUAAUAUGUUAGAUGAGAAAUUGUUAUAUGUGUAUUUAAUAUGGUGCUAUAUUUGUUAUAGAUACCUUAGGCCGUUGUGUACUUAACACGGGAUAUAGGAUGGAACAUCGAAUAAAAAGAAUGUCACGAUAAUUAAUAAAACUUUCACAUCUAUGAUACAGUGAUACCAUGAACACCUACUAAUAUUUAUUAUAAAUAAAAUACGACGCAGCAUUUGCCGUAUCUAUGGACUAACAUAAAAUCUUUCAAGUAAAUAAAAUAUAAAAAUAUAAUAAUCAAAUUAUUUUACAUAAUGUAUGAAAUAGUUUAGUUAUUUCUAUUAUGAAAUAUUGAAUGAUUCGAAUUUGAAGUAUUAUGGUAUGGCCAUUAAACAUGAGUCAGAAUUUAUUUUUAUUUAUAUAUGCAAAUGACCAAAGCAUUUCAAAUACAGCUAACUGACUAUUCUAUUAUUCAUUAUUCAAUUACAUAUAGUAAAGGUAAUAGGUAUCUUGUCACUAAGGAAAAAGGUCGCUUCCCAUAAUUACAUCUAAUUUUAUUGACGACAUUAAAUAUUUCUGAAUAAUCAUUUAAACAGUGUUUUUUAUAAUUUUAUUUUUUAUAUA